GAUCAUCUUCAAACCAAGCAGCGCUUCAAUAAACUGUGAUAGAAGAAGAAUCCUGAGUUCGUGUUUCAUUCCGCGCUGGACGCGGGUCGCAACAGCUGGUGCCGAAACCCGGGAACGCAUCAGUAGGAACUCCAGUGGGGGGCCGUAUUAAGAAGAUUCAGAACUUCACACAGGAAGCGGUCGACGUCGGUAAGUAUCUUCAGGAUCGACCGGACCCGAUUUGGCUCCCUACACGGCUGACGAGAGAAGUGGCGAGAAUCCCAGACGGGGACGAUGCUGAAGGUCGCGAGAACAUUCCUGCUCCUGCGGAUGCUGAUAAUAGUCCCCUCAGCUAGCCUCGAUAACUAUUUCUGGGCCAUCACUCGUACGUGGCCCACUCCUUUUCCUGUGCAUAACGAGUCCCUGGUUUUGCCUCAAUUUUAUGCUACUUCUUGCACCUAUGGCACCCCUUGCAACCCUAAGCCGACCAGUAUCCAAGAAGAAAAAUUUAAUGCUUCUAGAUUCAGCCUGGCCGGGACCUUGUGCUUCUCGGUUGCUCUCAAUGCCACUGACUGCAUCCUGCUUUCCGCCACCAAUCUCUCUGUAUUCGCUGACCCACUCUUGCAUCUAGACCCUGGACUUUCCGCUUCAGUGCUUGUUUCAGCCCUGACACAGGCAGCCGCGGGCAAAACUCAAGGAUCCGGUUCUGCAAAUGGGACAUCGGAUGCUGUCAAUGUUACCACCUUUUUGGUCAACGUCUCUGCGAUCACUCCCAACCUCAUUUCCACCAGCGAAAACUGGACCUUCAACAGGUCCUACCCUUUAACAGCUUGCAGAAAGACGGUGUUGACCUUUCCUCCCGAGUUUGCUGAUUGCAGGGAUACACGCAGGCCCGCCCAAAAGGAUGGUUGGGCCCUCUGGCCCAGCCGAUUCGGCCGCUGGAAGGAAAAACGAUUGAUCGCCGACCAUCCGCUGUCGGCUUGGGUUCUUCAAAAUGUCAAGGGUGCGACUUGUGACCUCUCCCCCUUCAUUCAUCUGCAGCCCUCGACUAUCCAUUUGUCUAAUGUUACGGGGUGUCUUAACACGACUUCAAAAAAACUCACCUUGCACACACAUCGGUUGAAGGAUAAUUUCACUUCUCCUGGAGGGGUUGUUUGUGUCGACCCCCCUUUUCUUUUUCUGCUUUUUAAUGCGUCUUCAGAAUCUUCUAUUGACUGCACAACGACAAAUUGCUUGUUAUCCCAGUGUUGGCGAAAGACACAUACAUAUGCUCUUAGUCUGCGCCUACCAACAUUUGUUCCUUUGCCAGUGCAAGCUAACCCACAGGAUUUCCCUGUCACCGCCUUGAUCCGAUCAAGGUGCGAUUUUGGACUUACCGCGGCUCUGGUGGCGGCCAUAGCUGCGUCCAUUGGUGCGGCUGCCGCCGCUGCGGUUGCGAUGCAGACCUCUGUUCAAACGGUAGCCGUGGUUAACGAGGUCAUCCAAAAGACUUCCUCUUCGCUACAAACUCAAGAGCGCCUUAAUCGUCAUCUCACCUCUGGCAUCUUACUUUUAAAUAAGCGCAUUGAUUUAAAAUCAAUGGAAAGUAAUGUUCUGACUUUAUUUGAUAUUGUUAGCCUUAGCUGUGUCGCUAAGACCCCACAUAUGUGUGUAACUCCCUAUUAUGCUUCAUUGAAUGAGUCGCGCCGCUUGAGUUCCCUCCUCGCUGGUAAUUGGACGAGGGAAUUUGAAUGCUUGCAAAAUAACUUUACUGCACAAAUUGUUGCUCUUAACAUGACCAAGGCUGAAGUGGUGACUGUGCGCCAGUUUACGGAUUGGCUUUGGUCCUCUUUUUCCUUUUUCAAGGAGUGGGUUGGUGUUGGCAUGUUUGCUGCAGUUCUUGUGGCAGGCCUACUGCUACUAGUAUUUCUUUGGUUUCGAACCGUGCGUGCGCACCGGCGGGACAAGGCGGCCAUCACUCGAGCAUUGAUCGCAAUGGAUGCUGGCCACUCUCCCCAGGCUUGGAUUAGCCUCCUGCGUGAAGCCUGACUCCUUGCCCUUGCACCCGAGGGGCGUUCCGGCCCAUUGCACUUGGAGGGAUGGAGCCAGUGCAUGGCCGGUAGCUUGCGGGUCGCAACAAUUCUGGUUAUUUAUAAUGAGGUUUUUUUUUCUAACUAGGGAUGAUAACUGUUUUGGUUUGGUUGCUUGUGCUUUAGGGAAGGGGGCAUUGGCCUUUAUUGCUUUUGUUUUCUUUGCUUGUUUUAAAACUUGAAAGGAUUAUGGGAAUGUACAUUUGGUCUUUGUUUAUGUUCCUACUGUUUGUCCAAGCCACUUGUCUUUAGCUUUGGUUAUGGAGCAACUGCAGGUUUAAAUAUA